AUGGAUUAAAUUUGUGAAGAAAAUAUUUAAGAAGUUAGAGACUUCAUUUAGCCAUAACUUUUGCCUAAAAUGUAAACAAAGUCUACUUCUCUAAGCCCGAUGCAUAAAAGAAUGCUAAAGGGUAUAAAACCUAUUUAAGAAUAAGAUGUACCAUAAUUGAAUCUAAGAUUAGUAGGAUCAACAUCGAAUACAAAUAGCUUGAAUCAUAUUGAAACAUCCCGAAACUACUCCAAAGAUAGUUAAAAAAAAUAUAUUAACUAGCUAAACUACUUAUCAAAAGAUGGAAAUUUUACAGCCAGAAACAAUUAUAAUGCUCAUUUUUCUUCAACGAAAGGGUCAUAAUGGUAAGAAGCAUAUAGUCCUACUGAAACAUUUACUAAAAUGAUUGCAAGAAGAACUAAAAAAUAGACUACUUUAAAUAACUUUAUUACUCCUCAAAACAGAACAAACAUAGGAUUUGAGCAAUCUGCUAGCUUAAACUAAAUUCGUAGUUCUGCUUACUUGCAAGAUUAACCUGAUAGUGCCUAAGAAAGAGGCAAAAAUAUGAAUUUAAAGAAUCUUGAAAUUUUAAGUGCUAGAAAUAGGAGUUCUGAAGCUAACAUUCGAUUAUUAAGAACUAGACAGAGUUCUUAAGCUGAUAUAUCAAAAUAUACAGCAUAAUAAAAUAGCUAAAUUAUUCAAUCAUUGACCUACUUAGAUGAAUACGAAUCUAAAAACCUUUUAAAAGAAACUAAAGUAGAGUAAAAAAAUCAUCAUUUUGAACUAAUUAAAGAAUUAUUUAAGGAAAUAUACCCUGAAUAUUAAACUUUAAGAUUAGGUCAAAAACUUCAUAUUUAGCUAUUAUUUGGAGAGUCUAAGUUAAUUAAAAUAAAGACUAUUGAUAAAAACUUUCCUAUUGUUCUGAGAACUUUUAUUAAUAGUGGAUAUUACACUAUUUACUUUAGUAAAAAAUACCAUUUAAAUAAACCUCCAGAUCACUUUCAGCAUGAUUACAUGAUGUAGCAAACAGAUAAAACUAUUAUACUAUAUGAAGGUAUAAAUCAUUCAGAAGAAAUUAAAUACAUUUUCAUGCAUGUAUCUUCUUAGACUAAUUGUGAAAUAGAACUAAUAGCUCAAACUCAAAAGUACAAAGAAGAUAUUAUUCAUUAGAAUGGAUCAGCAAAAGUUUUGAAACAAAAAAAUUUUAUUUAAUUUACUUCGAAUGAUAAAAUAUUCAAAAUGGAAAUUGCUGAAAUAAUUAAAAGAAGAAGAGAAAAGAGCUUAAAAAUGUGUAAAAACAAAGAUUUCGUUAAAAUAAAUUAAGAAGUUGCAGUUGAUUAUAAAAAUUAAAUCUAAUAAAAAGCAGUCAUAGAUAAUAAAAUGAAGGCUGAAAAAAUUGCACAAGCUUAAAAAAAGCAAUAGGAAUUGUUUGAGCAAAAAUUUGAAAAAAAUCUCUAAUGGCUUGCAAAAAAUGAAAUUAAAAAGCAAGAGAGAUUGAAAAUUGAAGAAAAAUAGUCUAAAUUGAAGUUCUAUAAAACAUGGAUAACAAUUCUGCAUUUGCCUAAAAUUUUUUAAGAUUUAAGAUUAAUUAUUUUUAAAAAUAAAAUGUGGAAUAUCAAAAUACAAAGAGCUAAAGAUUUACUCAAUAAAUUUUUCAAAGAUGUUUUAAUUAAAUUAAGAUCUAAAACUGUUUAACAAAAGAUGUUAAUGUACUCCACUAUAGCAUUGAAUGUUAGAGCUAAAUUGAUUUUAUAAAAAGCAAAAAAAUAAAGUGGUUUUAUUUUGUAAAAAUUUUUAUUUAAAUCCUCUGAGACUUGGUUGCUACAAAAAAAGAUAGAGCUAUACAAAUAGAAAGUCAGAUUUAUUUAGUCUUGGUAUAGAGAGCUUUAUUCAAAAAGAACAGAUUAUUUAAAUAUUCUUUGGAAUGAUACAUGCAAUAAUAUCAUGAUAAACGAGAAAUUGAGCAAAUAAAACGGUAAAAAAGAAUCAACUGCAAAAUUAAUUAAAAGAGUAAGCAUGCUAAUUAAGCAAAAUGACCCACUACUUAAUGAUGGAAACGCUAAAAACUAUAAUGUAUAAAUUCGUAUCUCAACUAUUAACAAUGAAUAAAAAAAGGCCAGUUUGAAAUUCUUUAGAAGAUGCCUGAUUGAAAGGAGAGUUCUUAUGCAAAAAAUAAAAUUAGGAUUAGUUCAUUUAAAUAAUGAUAUUGUUGAGCAAUCUAAUUUAGUUAAUUCCUAUCAAUCUUCUUAGAUGAGUCCACUUUCUCCUUUAGAAAAUUUAAAUAACUCUUAGAGCGAAUCGAAUUUAUCUGGUAAUCCAUUAAAAUCAAAAAAAUCAGCCACAUUCUUCCCAAGUCCUCCUGUUUCUCCUCUUAAAGCAGGGAAAGAACUUUAAAAAAUAACUGAACUAAAAAUAAUUAAUAUAAAAAAAGUAAGAAAGUCUAAGACUUCAUAAAAAUCUCCUAAUUAAAAAAAUUAAGCAAACAAUGGCGUAUUUGAUUUUGCAAGCAGUUAAGACUUCAUAAAUGCCAAAAUAAAUGUAGAAAAGUUUAAUAAUUUUUCUAUAAAUCCUUAUUUUAUGACUGAUUUAUCUCUGCAAGAUAAAGACAGAUUUUUAUUCUACCCAACUUAGCCUCUAUCUUUUUUAGACACAAUUAAAGAAUGUUUGUUUACAAGAAAAAGCAAAGAUAUUUAUGUAAUAAAAGAAGAUGAUGAAAAUAAUUUAUUGCAAGUAGUAAAUAAAAAUAAAGAUUAAGUCCAAUAACAAGGAAAUCGUAUGAAUUUCUUUUAAAAUAAGCUCAAUAAACUUCAAUUAUAAUCAGUAAAUAAAAAGAAUACUUUAGAUAUUAAAGUAUUAACAUUUUAAAAUAUUGCUGUUGCAGAAUAAAUUCUUUUUAAAAAGUUAAUUUUAGAUGCAAGCGAGCAAUUAAAAGAUUUUAAAGGAUGGAAAUAAUGA